AUGGAAACGGAUGAAAAUGUUGCACCCAACGGCGACGUUUUUCUUCACCGUUUGAAGCAAUUAACCGAAGAGGAAAUGAAACUGCUAGAAUCACAAAAUACGCGUAUUGUCCAUGAAGCUAAAGCAGCGAAACUCGACAGAGAGGCUAAGAGACACUGGGAUAUAUUUUAUAAAAGAAAUGAAACAAAGUUCUUUCGCGACCGCCAUUGGACGACACGUGAGUUUCAAGAGUUGAUAAAUUUUGAUUCGGAGCAACAAAUCAUAUUUCUAGAACUGGGAUGUGGAGUAGGAAACAUGAUAUUUCCAUUAUUAGAGGAAGGUUUCUCCAACUUUUAUUUCUACGCAUGUGACUUUUCACCACGUGCAAUCGAUUUUGUAAAGUCAAAUAAAUUAUAUAACGAAUGUCGUGUAAAAGCUUUUUGUGCAGAUCUCACGACAGAUGAUAUUUUCGAGAAUAUUUGUGAGAAUGUGGCAGAUAUAGCUAGUUUAAUAUUUGUGUUAUCUGCAAUUAAUCCAAGCAUGUGGGCGCAAGUGGCUAGCGUUGCAUUUAAAGCCUUGAAGCCGGGUGGGGUCCUAUUAUUCAGAGAUUAUGGAAGAUACGAUAUGGCCCAAUUAAGGUUUAAACCUGGACAUAAAAUAUCUGAGAAUUUCUACAUGAGACAGGAUGGUACUCGGUCUUAUUAUUUUACUGAAGAAGAGUUGGCCAAUCUUUUCACCCAAGCUGGAUUUGAAAUACUUUCAAAUACCUAUGUGCAGCGGAGAACUGUGAAUUUCAAAGAAGGCAUUGAUGUUCCAAGAAUUUUUGUUCAGGGAAAGUACAAGAAGCCUGAAGCUAAAGAUGUGGCAAGAGCUUAG